AUGCCACUUCAUUUACUGGGCAAAAAGUCCUGGAAUGUCUACAACGCGGACAACAUCGCUCGCGUUCGUCGCGAUGAAGCCGCUGCAAAGGCUGCCGAAGAAGGGGAAGAACAGCGCAUGCAGGAGAUCGAUGUGCAACGUAGAUUAGCUAUACUACGUGGCGAGACGCCACCACCUAUCGAAGAUGCCGAGCCACCAAGACCCGAUGAGUCCGCUCCUCGUGAUCGCGACGCUUUACACAAAGUGGGGAUGCGACGAAAGCGAAAGCGCCCAGGUGAGGACGACACCGAGUUUGAGAUGCGACUAGUCCGAGAAGGUGAAAAUUCGGCCAUUGCAAGAGUCGAGCCUGAGCGAAAGAGCACAAGUUCCGCGCCAAUAGUUGAUCACAAUGGUCAUAUUGAUCUACUGGGUGACGAAAAGUCGAGGGCUCACGCUGAGAAGAACGAGGAGGCUGAGAAAGAGGCCAAGAAAAAGAAGCAGAGUUAUGAGGAUCAGUACAUGAUGCGAUUCUCGAAUGCUCCAGGAAAGGAUGGCGCUCUAAAGCCAUGGUACUCACAAUCCGACGCUGCGGCCCCUGAUGCUUCGUCAAAAGACGUAUGGGGUAAUCAGGACCCGAAUCGCAAAGAACGAGAUACUAAGCGCAUAGUAUCCAAUGAUCCUCUGGCCAUGAUGAAGAAGGGCGCAUCAAAGGUUCGUGAACUCAAGCAGGACAGAAAGCGCUUUCUAGAAGAAAGAGAAGCAGAGUUGAAGCAGAUGCGCCGUGAUGAACGACACCAGACCGAGACCGGGAUGGGAGUCGAUCUACGAGUCGACAUGAGCGAAGACAUGGGUCAAGAGAAAGAAGGAAUGAGGAGGGCCGAGAUGGAGAUUCACAUAGUCGGAGACGUGAACGCCAAGACAGAGAUGGGUCACGAAAUGGGAGAAAACAUCAUCGGGAGGACAGUGCACAAAAAGAAAGAAACAGGAGGCAUGAUGGCUUUCGAGAAGAUCGAGACGUGCGAUCCCCAAAGCAAAACGAAGAGCGACGCUUACAUCACCAAGAGUCGCGAUAGUUUUUAG